CAACAGCACAGCCUGCGAGUGGAGCAUGCUUUUAUUGUGAAAGUCCGGUUUAAGAUAGCAACAAUCAGCUGAUCGCUCUCAGUUGAAACGGCCGUGUCUGUGUCUUUGGUGGCGUCUUUGAUAAAAAGCUAAAAAGCGAGCCGUGGGCAGAACCGUUAAGGUGCUGGAAGUCAAACCAGUAAAAGCUUAACGACGAAAGAGAAACUGAAAUGGCCCCAACUCUGUAUGAUGUGAAACCACAGCCUGGGGACCUGAUAGAAAUCUUCCGUGGCUCCUACCAGCACUGGGCUGUUUACAUCGGCGAUGGCUUCGUUGUUCACUUGGCACCACCCUCGGAGGUCCCGGGUGCAGGCUCCAGCAGUGUGAUGUCUGUCCUAACGGAGAAGGCCAUAGUGAAGAGAGAGGAACUGUGGGACGUGGUGGGAACCAACCAGUGGAAAGUAAACAACAGUAUGGACGAUAAGUACGAGCCCCGCUCAGCUCACGUCAUUGUGAAGGAGGCCCGUGCACUGGUGGGCAGGGAACUGCCGUACUGCGUCUUCAGGGGGAACUGUGAGCACUUUGUCAACGAGCUGCGCUAUGGCAAGGCAGAGUCCCGGCAGGUGCGUAAGGCAGGAGAAGCAGUCAUGGUGGCAGGCGUGGCAGCAGCGGUGGGUCUGGGUAUUGUGGCUCUGGUAGGAGCUCUGUUUGGAGGAAGUAAAAAAGAAGACAAAAACAAACAGUAAUCAAAGUCCUGAGUGACCCGUUCACUGGCUUGAUUAACAGAUCACCAGCAAAGCCUAACUCAUACUGACCAUGAUCGAUCUCAACCACAGAUAACUCUGCCAGAGCUGUGGUUGAUUUCUACCUUAUCAGCUCAACUUUACCUCCAUCUGUCCCUCAUGUCUUUUUUAGUUUAGUUGAAACAAUGCAAAGCUGGAUGGUUUUGGGAUCAAGGCAUAAUAUUUUUAGACUUUUUCAAAUUUCUACAGAUAGCACAUAUAAGCACAAUAAACAGGAUUUCCACUAAUCAAGGUGCCAAGAUUAAACAUGUUUAAAUGUUUUAAUAAGACAUUUUGAAGAUGACUGAAGAUAUUUUUUUGGAUUGCAGAUUCUCAAGGGUGGGAGUGGUCUUUUACUUUUCAGGAUGAAUAAUUCUAAACAAAAGUGGUUGCUGAUAGCUGCUUAUGAAGGAGUGUUGGUUAUUUCAAUCAAAUCUAAAUGGUGACUGCUGUUAGCCAGUACUUAAUAAGCUAUCUAACAAUCAAAUUAGCAAAAUAAACUAAUAUAAUGAUAUUGUUACAUCUGACAGAAAAGCCUUUUAAUGUCAUGUUAUACAACUUUGACAUUGUCUGAUUAUUGUUUGUAAAUUAUUUGAAUAAAGAAUAAUUUGUGUGAA